GAGAGAGGAAGCAGGAGAAGUGAAAAUGAUGGCGACCGAAGCGGGGGAGAUAAGAGCUCACACAAGCCCCUGUCCCAACCCCGACUACAACCUCAGCCCUCUGUCCAUCAAAAUAACGCGGAAAAACCAGGACAGACACUGGAGGUUGCGGUGCGUCCAUCUGCAGUGCUACUUCCUGACCAUCGCAACAAUACUAGGAACUGGAAUCUUAGGUCUUCCAGUCACUAUAGCACAUGCUGGCCUGGUGCCCUUCCUGGUCUCCUUUCUGGUUGGCUUCUUUGUUCAGGCCUUGCUCAUUUAUCUGUUUGUGGAACUUCUCCAAAAAUGUCAAGUGGCCCAGCUGGACUCUCUAAAGACAGGUGUCGCAGAGUGUAUUGUGAUGGAUCAAGUGAGCCCAGAAAAUCCAAUCACACCAGACGAAGAAGAGGAAGAAGAACUUGAAAAUGCAGAAGCUGAUACUGGUUUACUACAGUCCAGCUCACCAGCUCUGUGUGACCAAGCUGAAAACCUGCAACCCAACCUUCAUCUGCUUGGCUGCCUCUUCCUCUCCCGGCCCAUGAGCCAUGCUUUCAACUGCAUUCUCCUCUUCCAAUUUAUAUCAAUUGGAAUUAGCUAUGUGUUGGCUGGCAGUGAGGCUUUUGCUGCUCUUCUUGGUAUCAGACACUUUUAUGUGAUCCCUGCCUUCACCUGGAUUCUGUCCCUGGCCAUCUUACGUGGCCACACAGUCAUUCAGCCCAUCACCUCGUUGUUCACCCUCCUCAAGGGAAUCCUGCUCAUUGUUACGGUGGUGGUGACAUUUGCAGUGGGCUCUGAGGUGGGCCUCCAGAGCAGCAGUGACUUCAGUCAGAUGGGGAAACCUUUCCUAAUGGGCACCGUAGCUCUAGGUGGGAUUGUGAAUGUGAUGCCUCUGCUAUUCUCUCAGAUCUCACACAACAAAACACAAAUCCUGUGGUUUCGGAGAGCAGUUCUUGGAGGUCUGACAACCUGCAUGGUUCUGAACAUUCUCUGGUGCUGGGCAGUACUGGAGAUCGUCCCACAGACGUCACCACAGAGGAGGAUGGCCACUGACACAACAACCUUGCCCACCUCCAGCAGCCCCCCUGCUCCUCCAUCGUCAGCCCACCCCCUGCUGAUCUCCAACGUCUCAUUGGAGGAGUCUGAAAAGGCUGGAGAGAUAGCUACCAUUCCAUUGACAAAGAUCAUUAAUGAGCGUUACAGGGCCUACUCCUGGGUGGCCCAGCUGAUCCAGGUGUUCAUCGCCAUCAGUGUCACCGUGUCCUUCCUGGUGAUGGGAUCCGCCAUGAAGCAUACCAUCGAUGGUCUGGUGAGCUCUGUGUGGAGCAGCCGGCUGCAGUGGCUGGCUGAAGCCUGGGAGAGAAACUCACCAGGCAAACACCAGCGCUGCUCCACCAGGAGUUUCGCCCAACUAGGAUUUUCCCUGCUUGGAUUUGGGAUCAUUUUCAUUGUGUCAGUGUGUGAUCCCAGGGGUUUUGUUGUCAUGUUGGACAAAGUUGUCUCGUUUUCCCUCAACACUGAAGUGGGCCUGUUUGUGUUCAUCAUGCUGAGGGAGUCCAGAGAAGAGCGAUUCCAACACCUGGCCGUCCCUUUGCCAGUGGGGGAGUGUGUGUUCAGCCUCACCUGGCUGCUGCCCACGUACUUCCUGUUUGCAGUAACCUACGAUAUCCUGCAGACGUUGGCAGACGUGACCCAUUACCUGCCUUACUACGGCCCUGAGCCGGAGCUGCACGUCUACAACGUGACGGGAAGCGUCACAGCAGCAAACCUGUCCUCCUUCCUCUGAGCGCUCCGACGUCAACACGCCACCAAGCUGCAGCGUAGCAAGUGCUUUCUUCUUCUUUUAUUUUUAACCAAUUUUUAAGGAACAGUUUAGCAUUUUUGAUAAAUAUUUCAUUGUCAUUGCACUGCACUUUCAUUCAAUCUCCUUCUGCAUUCAGCAUGGCCUAAAACGCCUCCAGGGUGUUUUCCCUUCUCCUCCCCUCCAGAGCCUCAUGGACAAAGGCUGGUGUGGAUUUUCUGCUCAAUCAUGAGGGAAACGCAAACAACCCGAGUUUUUACAGAUAGAAACAGAGAUGAGUAAACUGGCUCCAAAAAACUCAGAGAUUUUGAAAUGAAUCUCAGAAACUUUCUAGAAAAAAACUGGAAAUUUCUGAGUUUCAAAAGUUAAAAAUGUUCAACGUUUGAAUCUCAAAAAAUUUUCAAACGUUAAAACUUUUAAACUUUUGAAACUCAACAUUUUGACUUUUGGAAUGUUUACCUAGAACAUUUCUGAGAUCGACAGAAAUGUCGAUCUCAGACAUUUCAACAUUUUUCAAAUGUUGAAAAAACUCAACAUUUGAGUUUUUUCUCUCAAAAUUUUCCGACUUU